CGCCCUCUCCCUGACUGACUCGGUGAAAAUCAUUGUUUGGCUCCAGCAUUAACUACAUUCCAGCGGGACGCAGCGCCCAGUCUCCUUCCUCGCAUUCCUGCCCCACACAAAGGAGUCCCUGCCUCGCCGCGCCCCGCGCUCUGCUCGCCGCGCCGCAAAGCCCCUCCGGGCCGGCCGCCGCCUUCGCCCCCCGCCCAGGGGUGCGGGCCGGGCCGCGGCCCCGCCGCGGGGCGGCCGGCCGGGGGCGGCGGGGGCAGGGAGCCGCCGAGCGCAAAUUCCUCCGCGCCGCGCGCCAUUGACUGGACCGAGCAACUUAUUUAAGGCUGGAAAGUGACACAGGGGCUCCUCGUCUCCGCUCGCCGCGCGCCGCCGGGCAGUCCGGCUGCACCGAGCCCAGCGCUGUGGCGCGGGGAUGCCGCCGAGGUGACUGCCGCCUCGCCGCCCUCCGGAGAAGGAGCUGCGUCGCGCCACUGCCCCGCCAGGACCACGGGAAGGGGCUUUCUUUUGGGGUGUUUUUUGGCUUUGGUUUUUAUUUCUUUUUUUCCUCCACCUUUCCUUUCUCUGCCCCGGGCUGCGCUUUCGCAGAGAGUUCGCCGUCCCUCCUCCGGCCCGCGCCGCCGGGCUCCGGCCGAGCAUGGAGAAGUACGAGGAGGACAUGGCACUGAAGGCCACCAAGUUCAUGGAGGAUCUGUCCCUCUAUGAGCCCUGCCCAGAGGGUCCGUAUGGCCGGGGCGGCCGCCGGGACCUGGCGCUGCACCCCGACCUGGAGGAGACCAAGCGGGUCAUCGCCGCCCACAUGACGGCGGAGCAGCGGGGCCGGAAGAUGAACGGCACCGCCGCGCCGCCGCCGCCCGCCGAAGCCUUCCCCGCCGCCGCCCCCUGCGGCAAAGCCUACGCGCCCGCGGCGCCGGCCGCCCCGCUCCGCGCCGCCAACGGCCGCGCCGCUGAGCCGCCAACGGCCGCGGGGCCGCCGUGCUGCGAGGAGGGGCUGUGCACCCGCUCCGAGGUGGCGCUGCCCUGCUACAGCGGCUUCGCCGACAAGGGAAAGCGCUACUCGGCCGAGGGCUACCGCUACGCCGCGGGCAGCGCCUACGAGGGCGGCUACGUGGCCAAGGGCGGCGGGCGGGCGGCCGGCGGCCCGGACGGCAAGUACGGCGCCGCCAGCCCGCGAGCCAGCCUGGCCGCCUCCUCGCCGGGCCCCGUCGCCGAGCAUGGCAAGUUCUCCAGCCCGCGCUCCAGCCUGGGCGGCGCGGCCGCGCUGCCCUACGAGAAGUUCUCCAGCCCCCGCUCCAGCCUGGUGGUGCCCGGCCAGGAGAAGUACGGCAGCCCCCGCGCCAGCCUGGUGCAGUACGACGGCGCCGCCCUCAGCCCCCGCUCCAGCUACGCCAGCACGGCCAGCGACACCAGCAAGCACUCCAGCCCUCGCGCCAGCCUCACCAGCUACGACGGCGGCGGCAGCAAGCCCAGCAGCAACCGCACCAGCGGCAUCAGCAUGGGCUACGACCAGCGCCACGCCAGCCCCCGCUCUAGCACCGCCAGCCAAUACUCCUGCACCACCAGCCCCCGCUCCAGCUACUCGGACUCCAGGUACGGCCCGCCGGGCAGCGCCGAGCCGGAGGGGGCGGGCGGCGCCGGGCUCGCCCUGGCCAGCCCCCGCUCCAGCCUCUGCGGCCCCGAGGGCCGCGGCGCGGCGGGCGCCGCCGUGGUCAGCCCGCGCUCCAGCAUCUCCAGCCAGAGCUCGCGGAGCUCCCGCGGCUCCAUGAGCGCCUACCCCGAGCUGCAGCUGCCCUCGCCCCGCUCCUCCCUGCUGGGGCCCGGCCUGCAGGAGGACGGCGCCGUGCCCGAGCUCGGGGACCUCUACCACAAGAUCCAUGCCCAGUCGCCGCCGCGGCACGACCAGCAACACCCGGCCGCCGCCCCCGAGGCGGCGCCCCCCUACACCUACAGCCCGACCAAAGGCUCCGCUUCGGCUCCCAAAUUCAAGCUCCCCUACCAGGUGACGCCGUGCCGGGAGAGCGGCCCCAGCCAGGCGGAGAGGCGGCUGGAGGCGCUGACGCUGGAGCUGGAGAAGGAGCUGGAGAUGCACAUGAAGAAGGAGUACUUCGGUAUUUGUAUAAAAUGUGGAAAAGGUGUGUAUGGAGCGAGCCAGGCUUGCCAAGCAAUGGGUAACCUCUAUCAUACCAACUGCUUCACAUGCUGCUCUUGUGGGAGAAGACUACGAGGAAAAGCGUUCUACAAUGUCAAUGGCAAGGUGUACUGUGAAGAAGACUUCCUAUAUUCAGGUUUUCAGCAAACAGCAGACAAGUGCUUUGUUUGUGGACACCUCAUAAUGGAAAUGAUAUUACAGGCUCUUGGAAAGUCAUACCAUCCUGGCUGCUUCCGCUGUGUGGUGUGUAACGAGUGUUUGGAUGGAGUCCCCUUCACUGUAGAUGUGGAGAACAAUAUUUACUGUGUCAAAGACUACCAUACGGUUUUUGCACCAAAAUGCGCUUCCUGUAACCAGCCGAUCCUACCAGCACAGGGUUCAGAGGAGACCAUUCGGGUGGUGUCAAUGGACAAAGACUACCAUGUGGAGUGCUAUCACUGCGAGGACUGUGGCUUGCAGCUCAAUGAUGAGGAAGGCCAUCGCUGUUACCCAUUAGAGGGCCACUUGCUCUGCCACGGCUGUCAUAUCAGGCGCCUUAAUAUUAAACUGCCAUCACAUCCACCUCCAAGCUAUCCAAUGCAUGUUACAGAACUCUGAAAGACAUUUCCAUUCCCAGUAAGCUUUUUGAAAGAGGAGACAAAAAUCUAAAAAUGACUUUCCUGUUCUUUUAAAGAUGAGAUACCAGUAAUAACCAUCUAAACCAGCUAUUUAUUUUUUAAAAUCAAAGGUGAGGGGUCCUUUUCUGAUCUUGUACCUAUGCAUUCUUUUAUCUAGACAUUUUGACUCAGACACCAGCUACUUGAACAAAUAAUUCACCACUAAACUGUAACUGUAAAUGGCAGCAUUUCUAAAAACAAUGGUACAAAGGGCUGCUCUGUGCUCCCUGCUCACUGUCCUUCAGUGGAGAUUUCACCAAGUAAGGAGUGUAGAAUUACUUUCCAAAAGUUAGCACCUUAUCAUAUUGCAGCAAGCAUGAUAAGAUAAAUGCUAGCAUUUUAGCUAGUUUUGUUGAAUUCUGGUCUUAGAGAAUACAGUCUCACGUUUUUAAAAACUUAGACUCCCAGAAGUAGUGACUAGGGAGCAAACAAGUGUUUUUUAGCAAUGAUGAUUUUCAGUAUGGGUUAAAUAAUGGCAUUCUGAGAAGGGUCAGGCCAGCUUUCCAUCCUGCAAGGUUCCACAGUCAUCCAAAGACUAUUGAGCUUGUUAAAGAAAUAUGGCAAGCAUCUCAUAGAAAAACCACAUUACAGAGGAAUAUAUCCAAAAGAUUGGCACAUGUGGGGUCAUAACCAUUGAAGGAAGUUACAGACAUCUGUCAUUGGUUGCUGUGAAUGAAUGUAGUCCUGGUUUGAAAAUGCAUUCAGAUCAACCUGGUGAUUUGGCACUUAGUAAAGAAUUCAUCUUUUAAACCUGUUUUUUGUUUAAUAGGGUUAGCACCCCCUUUCUAUGCAAAGGUACACUUGUCUUUAUACUACUUGUUUUAUACAAGAUUUCAUUUGUUACCAACUGCUUUAUGAUUGUAUGGUGAUACGUUAUUAAAAAAAAAAAGAGGGGGACAGUGGUUUUUGUAUUAUGUUUUCAGCUUUGUGUUCUUUUCUAGAUGUGCUUUUGAACUGAUUACAGUGAUUGUCUUCAUUGGAAAACAAAGUGCAGUUUUGCAGAAAUAAUAAUGUAGAGUCAGACCAUUGAAACAUUGGUAUUUUAUAACAAGUAUUAGAUGUACAUAGAAUGUACACACUUUCAUAUUUUGCAUAAGCUUUUACAGUAACCUCAGAGCUCUGGGGAGAUAUACGUCUUCCAUAUAGGAAGUUAGAUGAAUCUCUUUUAUGGUUUGUUUUCUACCAUGUGUUGAUGAUUUACAUGCAAAUCACACAUCUGUAUGUUUAAAAAAUUCCUUGCAUUCUCAUGAGAAUUGAUCCAGCCUUCCUGAAUUUAUAUUUUAAAUAAAUCCAUCAUUGCUGUCUUUAACUGUAUCCAAAAUUACAAUAAAAUAAAAUUAUUCUGCUCCAGAGGAAGUGGAAACACCAGACCAGAUUCUCUGCAUGUGUAAAUUGGGACAUUUCCAUUCCAGUUCUCAACACAUCGAGAAUCUGACCAAUCCAUUCGGAAAUGAUCCCAUGUUAAAUUCAGCACGCAGACUGAUGAAAGACUUGACUUAUUUGGCAACACCAUUGCAGUUUAGUUUCUUAUGCUCCGUUGAUUUUUUUAAGCCAUUUGUGGUGCUGUUGAAAAGUACAAAGAGCAUCCAAUGGACACUAAUUCCUAAGUGGAAUAAUUAACUGCCUUAACAGACCUUUUUGAUAGUCUGGAAUUUCCUUGGGGUGGGGGUUGGCAGGAAAAAUUCCUGUGAACUGGUUUUUUUUUUUCCUGGUACUAAGGAACAAAAGGUAUGUUUCCUGAACUUUUGCCAAACUUCCAUUGGCCUAGAUUAACCUGUCCUACUGAAAGCUCCUUCGCAAGUCAGAUGCUCCUCUAAAAAGUCAUUUUCUAAUUAAUAUAUAUCAGUUUAUAAUUAACAUUUAAUGUGAUAGCCAUGUUUUGAAGGAAUUACAGUGCAACUAGUGCCCCAUUUCUACAGUGUGACCUAAGAGGCCUGGCCUGCAAAAGAGAGGACGCUGAGUGCGUGCACAACUUUUGUGCGUUUGCAAACUUCACCUCUGUGUCAUCGUCACCAGCCCAGCCUCAGAAGGAAGGGGAAGUAUGUGUGCCUCUCACCCAAACAGCAAAUGCUAGAAAAGGGGAUAAAAAAAGUCUUAAAUUGGAUUGUAUGACUAGAUCAGUUCCUUAAGGUUAUUACAAACAUGGAAGAUAUCAGAGCUUUGGGAUGAACUUUUAGCAUCAGUGGCAGUGUAAUACUAUUUCCAUUUAAGGAAGCUGCUUUGGACCACAUUUCACUUUGAGGCUUUUUCACUUGCUUGUCUUUACAAUAUAAGUUAAGGAACCCAAAUUAAGGAAACAACCAUUAAAAUACACAGAGAAGGUUUGGGUUUGUUCCUGUGAGAAAGCCAUCCCAUAAAAUCCCAGUGGCCAGAGAUGAAGGUGACGUACCGUGGCGUUCAGUCCAGUCUUCUGCCAGUAUCUUCCUUAGCACUUUGCCUCCUUUGGUAGCAAGUUUCUGCUCCAACAUAGUUUUCAAGGGACAGCACACUGUCUAACAUGUACAUACCAUACCUUUUUUUUUUUUAUGAUCAUACUGUAGAACAGAAUAUCUAAUUUCGUUUCACAUGUUAAUUUGUCAGUCUCAUGUAGAUCUACUCAGUUCCAAUGUGUUAAGUAUCAGCAUGGUAAAAAUACCAAAAGGUAAUAUUUCAAUAUUGAAUAAGCAAUUUGUUUAAAACCAGAAAGCAGCAGUUGUUGUUCCAGUGUUUUCUAUAGACAGGUGCAUUCCAUUACUGUAUAAUGAAAUACAGCUUUGCUUUUCCAGCAUUUAGUAUAAAAACUGGAGCUUGAGUGAAAUUUGCCAGGUUUGGUUUUUGGGGGGGUUUGGGGUUUUUUGGGUUUUUUGUUUGGUUUGGGGUGGUGGGUGGUUUUUUUUUUUCCCCAAACAAAGAGAAAAAUAAAAGCAAAUCUAAAGUAAUGAUGUGCUAUACUCUUCGGUGCUAGUGAUAGUUUCUGCACAUGUUACCUUCUGCCUGAGGAAUUAUGUAACUGACAAAGCUUCUUUUAAUGAUUUUCUUAAGGAGUAUUCUUAUGGUAAAUCAGUUCAACACAGAUGUAAACUUUCUAGGAUUCAUUUUACUAUGUGAUUGUUCUUCAGAAGCCUUUACUGUACUUUCAGAAUAUUUCCAUAGAGUUAAAACAAUAACAACUUGUUCUCAUUUGCAUCAGGACUACACCUUUCCAUUUUGGUAAGGAAUCUUACAAAGUCCCUACAGCACAAAGCUGAUGUGGGCAAUUCAGAGUCCCUCGUGCACUGGAGGACAUGUUCAAAGGACCAAAACAAUAAUUUGAAACAAAACAAAAGCAUGCACUCAGAUAAUUGAGCUUUCAAAGAGGGUUUGUUUGGGUUUCUUUCCUUUUCCUUUCACUUGUGUGCACGUGUGUGUAUAUAUUUUGUAAGGUGGAGCUUCAAAAGGAAAACAUGGUUAGAGGAGCUCUUUAAGACCAGAAAUUCCAGAGUAGUUAAGUAAACCAAAGCUCUAAAGGAGACAAAAGCUGCUUUCUUGUGUUUCAAGAAAAGUUUAAAAGUUUGUGAUUCAUCCUGUAACUAAUGCCGUAACUAGAGUAUAUAAUUUGACUUAAAUUAAGUUUUUCAUUUGAGAAAUAUUUUCAUUUUCUUUAAAAGAAUAUAGUUUUCUUCCAAGAACUUGGACCAACGUUGAUUUUUAUUUUGUAGGAAAUAUAUAAAUUCCCAGUUUGUAUAUCAUGUAACUAGUUUACAUGCUGAAAAUAUACAUUAGUUUAACUAUUUUUGUAUAUAUAUUCUUGUAAAGCCUUUCAAUGUGCUUCUGUCUUUUAGUCUUUAGAAUUACUUGUGGUUUUGUGUUUCAGUGUUUGAUUCCCUUGGUUGUUGAAGAAAUUGGGAAAUGUAGAUUUAUUUAUCUAAAGAAGCUACUUGCUAUCAUCCUAAGUUAUUUAAUAUUAAAGUCAGAAGUUUCAUUUAACCUUAGAUGCUAUAAUCUGCUUUUUUUCAAUAAAGACGUUUUGUAGUUA